AAGAUGUCGGCCGCUAUCGCCGCGCUCGCGUCUUACGGUGUCUCCGACUCUGGCUCCGACUCGGGCUCGGACAAUGAGGGAAGCUCCCGCCGCUCGGCGCAGGUAGCCAGCCGGGACUCGGUGCUGCAUCUCGCUUCACCGCCCCCUGCCCCGCAGGCCUUGGCGGUGGACUCGGCCCCGGAGGUGGCUGUGAAGGAAGAUGUAGAGACGGGAGUCCACCUCGAUCCUGCAAUCAAGGAAGUUCAGUACAAUCCCACUUAUGACACCAUGUUUGCACCAGAGUUUGGGCCAGAAAACCCGUUUAGGACUCAGCAGAUGGCUGCACCUAGGAAUAUGCUUUCUGGAUAUGCAGAACCAACACACAUCAAUGAUUUCAUGUUUGAACAACAGAGAAGAACAUUUGCAACUUAUGGUUAUGCAUUAGAUCCCUCUCUAGAUACUCAGGACGUUGCUACUAAAUACAUUGGUUCUGUAGAAGAAGCUGAAAAAAAUCAAGGUUUAACAGUAUUUGAAACAGGACAAAAGAAAAUAGAAAAAAGGAAGAAAUUCAAAGAGAACGAUGCAUCUAAUAUUGAUGGCUUCCUGGGACCAUGGGCAAAAUAUGUGGAUGAGAAAGAAGUAGCCAAGCCCUCAGAAGAAGAGCAGAAAGAGUUGGAUGAAAUAACAGCAAAGAGGCAGAAGAAGGGCAAACAUGAAGAUGAUAAACCUGGAGAGGAGAAGACUAUCUUGCAUGUCAAAGAAAUGUAUGACUACCAGGGAAGAUCCUAUCUUCAUGUUCCUCAGGAUGUUGGCGUUAAUCUCCGUUCUACAGUGCCCCCUGAGAAAUGCUAUCUCCCAAAGAAACAGCUCCAUGUAUGGUCUGGACAUACAAAGGGUGUCAGUGCAGUCAGGUUGUUUCCACUCUCUGGCCACAUAUUGCUAUCUUGCUCCAUGGACUGUAAAAUUAAACUAUGGGAGGUUUACGGUGAACGAAGAUGCUUACGAACAUUUAUUGGGCACAGUAAAGCAGUUCGAGACAUCUGCUUUAACAAUGCUGGAACUCAGUUUCUUAGUGCAGCAUAUGACCGGUACCUUAAACUCUGGGACACUGAAACAGGGCAAUGUGUUUCAAGGUUCACAAACAGGAAGGUUCCAUACUGUGUCAAAUUCAAUCCUGAUGAAGAUAAACAAAGUCUUUUUGUGGCAGGAAUGUCAGAUAAAAAAAUUGUACAGUGGGACAUUCGAAGUGGGGAGAUUGUGCAGGAGUACGAUAGGCAUUUGGGAGCUGUCAACACCAUUGUGUUUGUGGAUGAGAAUAGACGGUUUGUGAGUACAUCUGAUGACAAGAGUUUAAGAGUCUGGGAAUGGGACAUUCCUGUCGAUUUCAAGUACAUCGCAGAGCCAAGUAUGCACUCAAUGCCUGCAGUCACCUUGUCUCCAAAUGGAAAAUGGCUGGCUUGUCAAUCAAUGGAUAAUCAGAUUUUGAUUUUUGGAGCUCAGAACAGAUUCAGACUAAACAAAAAGAAAAUCUUCAAGGGUCACAUGGUGGCAGGUUAUGCUUGUCAAGUUGAUUUUUCACCUGACAUGAGCUAUGUGAUAUCAGGUGAUGCAGAUGGAAAACUUAACAUCUGGGACUGGAAGACGACAAAACUCUACAGUAGGUUAAAAGCACAUGACAAAGUUUGUAUAGGCGCAGUCUGGCAUCCACAUGAAACAUCCAAGGUCAUCACCUGUGGCUGGGAUGGUCUUAUUAAAUUGUGGGACUGAAAGGGGCACUGCAAGGAACUAAAUUUUUAUAAGACUUUUUGUGAACAUCUGAGAUUGCUAAACAUGAACUCUGCUGAGGAUGGUUUAAUUUGAACUUCCAGCUGUUUUCGGGUUCUUCACUAUUGAGGUGCACUGCGCACUCUUGGAAAUGGGAAAUCUCCCAGGCAGAAGACUCAGCUGAAAGGCUACUCUUCUAAGUAUGACUUCAAGGUUUGCGAGAAGCUGAGAACAGUUAUGUGAAGUGGCCAGAAAUAAAUAUUAAUUUGAUAAGUUAUUUUCUGUUUGAUCCACUUUUUCAGAAUAAAACAGUAUUUUCUAGUUUGCGAUUCUGGAUGUCUCACAGUAUAUGGUGUAGAAGUAGAAAACCAGCAGUUUUUUUGUGUUCUGUAACUGCAUAGCUCAGAAGAAAAGUCUCUUUAAUCUCUACUGCAGUAGAUCUUGAAGAUGCACCCAUUAAUAGACUUUUUGGCAGUAUUCUGUGGCACCCAAGUUUCUUUGAUUUAUUAGAGUACACAACCAGUGAUUAAGAUUUAUUGAUCCAUAACCGAAACAGCUGAUCAAAGGCUUUAGCAUACAUACCCAAUGAACAAACGGAGUAUACCCUGCAGACUGUUCCCUAAACCCUCCGUCUGCGUUCUUAUAUUCAUAUCUUGACUUAAACAUUUACAUGAUACUGAUCAUGGAGGUUCCUCUACGUAACCAUCUUUAUUUGAAAGUUUUCUUUAUAAUAAAAAGAAAUUCUCUUCCCCCCCCUCCAAAAAAAAAACAAACCCCAAGGUAAAUUCCAUAUACUGUUAAUUAUCAUGCUUUUCUGGAGCAUAUUUCAAAGAAAACCACAUUCCCUGUCCCUUAAUCAUAUUCUUUGUACAGGGUGCACUUUAGUACUCACUGUUCCUGUAUUAUAUGCACCAUAUUGUUUCCAUGCUAAGCUACUGUAUAUACAUGUUACAAUUUUUUUUAAGAACUUAUUUUUAAUAAAUCUUUUGUACAAAAGUCUGGUUUAGUUUAGUCCUUACUUCUAGCAUAUCCAAGUCAAAUAUUCAUUAUCCUUUCAGUUUGGGAUUUGGCAUUUCCUAACUGCCAGUGGUGCCAAAGUACAAAUGAACUAUUUUCCUUGCUUGGAUGAUACUAAAACAAUAUGUUGAUUAUUUUGCUAAGCAAAUGGGGGCAGAAAAGUCUUUCUAAAUUCUUAUACCAGACUGUGCACCAUAUUAUCUGACUAUGAAUGAAUAAUGGAAAUAAGGGGAAGAACAACAAACUGGUCAGCCUUCAAGCCACAUUCUAUAACUAUUGAAUUAACAUUAUAAAAUUAUUGUAGAUCAAACCAUUGUUGUUUGAUCAUCCAGUUUUAUUAGGGAUGUCUUAGGAAGAAUAGUCAUGUUGGACAAGAUAAGUUCCUUAAAGGCCCUUUCCAACUCUCAUAUCUAGCUCGUGGGGAGCAAGGGUAAACUACACUUGAAAGCCAGACAUUUCUGAGUGAAGGUGAAAUUUGUUCAAAAAUAAAUUUGAAAGUCUGAAAACUCAGAGUUUAGAUUACACACACACACACACACUUCUCAGCCUUGAUACCCAACUAUAGUGUGCACUCUCCAUUUGACAUUGGCACCUCUGAUAGGUAUUUACAAUACAUGUACUUUGGUGACUUGUCAUGGGUGGCACAGAUGAGGAUGGGUCUGUUUUUGGAGAGAGUACCAGUGGCUAUCUGUUUGUGUAUGGGCAGGCCUCAGACUCAUGCAAAUAUAUAAGGCAAGUACAAACUUAGAACUCUGUAUGAAGAGCAGUAGAAAUUUGGUGGUGAAUGUUUGGAGGUUAUAUGUGCUGCAGGUGGAAACAUGAAAAUGUUGGACUCUAUUGACUAUAUGGGGAGUGGGUAAGGACAGGUUACAGUUUUGAGGCAAGAUGAGAUGUAGCUAUCUCCUACUGAAGAUGAGCUCUCAGGCUAGGCAGGUGGCUCUGAUGUAGAUGGUAAAAUUGAAACGUUCUUAAGUAGAAAAUGGACAGCAAUAGGAGUUCAGGGAUAUAGAGAAUGUGGGUCCCACAGCCGACCUUAACUUUAAAAGCCAAGGCAAGACGGAUAUAACAUUCCAUAAGAAUUUUUGGCAAAAGUAACAGAUCUUUAAUGUAUCCUAAUUAGAUUCUUGUCUAGGAUUUUCCUUUUUGUUUAGAAAGCACUUAGAUUUUGUGUAUCAAUGACUUUAACUGUACAGUAUAUUUACUUGAACUAUUUCACUGUAUAGAUAUGCAAGAACCUCUUCUUCCGUCAGAAGAUUCACCCACCACUUGCGCACACCACUAGUGCAGAAAUGCUCCAGUGGAGCUACUAAACUCUGAUAGGUCAUUUUCCAUUUAUGGACAAGAUAAAUAAACUUUUGUGAGUAACAUGCAGAUCUUACACACUCAACAGAAGUUGAUGAAUUAAAUGUCUGCAACAAAAAGACUUCUGUAAAAACCUGCAUCAGAACUCAACUAGAACCUGCCUGCUAGAUCAGAUCCUUUGUCUCCAUCUGGUGUUGUUCACUGAGUUAAUCCUUUGUGGAAUUUUUAAAGCCUGCAUGGGAACCUGCAGAGGCUUUUAAUUUGUAAGAUUUUUCUCCCCAACAAUUUUAUAAAGAUCUGUGGACUCCAAGAGAAAAGACUUGCCUUGUGAAGUAAUUCUCAAUGGAGAUAAAGGGUAGGAGAAUUUGAGGACCUGUAGGCUGAAGUUGGAGGGAUGGCGGGGGGACUGAUAUAGUUUUUUAGCAGGGCAGGGGAGGUGGGAAUUGAGACCCAUAACUAGAAAACAGCAUGCUUCAGAUUUUCCCAAUAAAUUCUCCAUUGGUAUAAGCCUAAGCAUGCAAAAUUUUCAAGCUGAAAGCAGUUCUUUUGUGAAGAGUGGAGUCAAGUAAGUCUCAAUAUUGGUUUGAAUUAAUAUUUACAACCUGGCCUAUGGAGUUCCUAUGACAGCUUCAUAAUCAUUGCACUUGAUCUACUGUAAUUUUAAGGAAAUCUGAGUAACUUCUUGCCACUACAACUAAAAUACUUUUAGGAUAUCACAGAGAGGAUUUUGCACAUAAGCAAGCUACCCAAAUCAUUUUUUCUAAGCUCUGCCCUGGAGACUUUGAAAGUUCCUUUAGCCUUGUGCCAACUUUUUCUGGAUUUCUCCUUUUGUGUAGGGCGUUUCCCACCACCACACCCUCCAUACCACUUGCUGGUAAAGGGGCUGCCUCCUUUUGAAGCCGCUGGCCUCAGCUUCUGUCUUGUACAGACUUGGUAAUAGUUUUCAAUAAGAUGCGGCUACUUAUUCCUUACAUUCUCAUUGCAUUGCACAAAAAUACUGUACCUCCAGACAAACUGAUUUAUAACAUGAGCCAAUUUUCAACUCCAAACAGCUGCUUUAGAAUACUAGUUUAUAAUACUGUGCCUUCAAGCCUUGCAAACUCAUUUUGAAAAUCUAUCUGCCCAGGCACAAAAUCUUUUCACCCUGUCUCUCCCAAUUAAUCAUAACAAAAGUCUCAUUUUUGUUGGUCAAAAACCUCAGACCUAAUAAGGGGGUGGGGGACGGGGUGGGGACGGAUGACAGAACUAUGAAAAGCUGCUUUAACUAGACUAGUAUUAGGAUACCAGCAAGAUACCAGGAUACUUCUUUGAUAUGUAAGUUGUUUCUCUGAAUAAUGUUUAGGACUUAGUACUUUAAGUUGACUUAACAAAAGUAUCUAUGAAAUGUAAAUUAGAGGACUGUUGCCCUGUAGCAAAAUGAAUGUGAAUCUCUCUCUAGUCAAGCUCAUUGAAUGUUGGAAGUUCUGUGACUCUCUUGUAGCAGUCCAAGAAGACCUCACUUGUUUAUUGAAGGGUGAAAUUGUCAAAGUGCCUACAUGACUUAGGAGCCUUGGGCACUUAGACGUUUCUUUGACUUAGGCACCUCAAUCACUUAUGUGCUUUUGAAAAUUUGACCUUAAACCCUUUUAUUACCUUGUUAUAAUGUUAAAGUAACAUUAAAGUGUUUGGUGGUAUUGUUCCUGUUUGAGGUGCACUGUUAACUUACUGUACAAUAGGCCAUUGAGAGUGCUAGAUAUAUUUGACCGUAAUGGUCAGAAUAAGAACUAGAAUGUGAAGUUGUGAUUCAAACCUAGUUCAGUAUCUCUUAGUAAAAAGAGCAACAGGACUGGUCAAGCUUGAUUUUCCUCAGUGGUCUUACGGGAAGCAAUUUCAAUUUCAAUAAUGUGGAGACUUAUGAAGCUUAAAUAUGGUCCGUAACUAAGACAUGUUUAUGGACUAUCUCAGGCUAGAGCUGGGUUAGGGCUUGUCUACAUGGGAAACUUUGCUAGUUGUAACAGUAGAAUUAUACCUUAAUAGUUAUACCAGUAUAACAUGCUUCCAAAGGACCAUGAGUGCAUUUUUAAGUGUCUUCAUGGUGAUUUGUCGGUAUAAUUUAUAGUGAUUUUAAACUCACACCUUAGCUUAUACCAAUACACCUUUCCGAGGUAGCUCUUAUUUGCCAAAUGAUGCCAAAAUGGUGGUGAGCUUUUUGUCUGACCAUUUUCUGCACAGCUAGGUCCUCUUCUCUCUCUCCUUCAUCUUCUUGAAGAGGUAAGUGCUAGUGGCAAGUCAUGCCCUUUUCCCUAAAGAAAUAAAAUUCACAAGUGGCUUCAAUUUAAUUAUGGAUUAAGACUUUCUCAGGGCCACAGUUCUACUACCCUGUUUCCCCGAAAAUAAGACAUCCUCCGAAAAUAAGGCCUACUUACAGUUUUGCCUCUCGUUGUAAUAUAAGGCAUCCCCCCGAUAAUAAGACCUCCCCGAUAAUAAGGCAUCCACCGAUAAUAAGGCAUUUUUCAUUUCUGAAAAAUAAGACAUCCCCUGAAAAUAAGACCUAGCGCAUCUUUGGGAGCAAAAAUUAAUAUAAGACACUGUCUUAUUUUCGGGGAAACAGGGUAGUCAGGCUGGGCUCACCUGGAGCACUCAUCUCAAUAAAGAAGGGUACAUACCUGUUUGUCUGACGUCACAGCUUUCCUCCAAAAUGAACUUGGCUUUGGGUCCACUUCAAAAAGGUAAAUAAGGUUGAAGUUAAAAGUAUGGGUUGAGGGUGGGAGGUAAAAGUGGGAACUGAAGAAUUCCAAUUAGUAGAGUUCAUCUGUUUUUCUUUCUAAGAAAAAAGUAGUUUGGAGUUUCCUGACUCCUAAUGCUUUCCAUUUCACAUUUGCAUUUUUGCAUAUUGAGGCUCUUUAGAAGUGACUGUAUGGUCAUGUCUCAUUCAGAGGUGGCUCCUCUAUUUUAGAAGGGUUUGUGGCUUUGCAUCUGUUGUCCAAAAGGUAAUUAAUCGUCUGUUGGUUCCAGUGUUCCAGAUCUCACGGCAGACCCAAAUCACAACAGCCUCUCCUGUUAGCUCUGAAACAGCCUCUGGCGAGAUGGUAGAGAAUGUGGAAUAGCAACCCCUGCUGUUAGUUCACCCUGUGCCCCUCAGAGGAGACUAUUUGUUAGCUUAUUAGCAAGAGGUUGAGAUUUAUAGGGAUGUCAUGGCUCUUUAUCCUGUUAUGCAUUUUUUCUACAUUAUAUGGAUUAGACUGUGGAUUAAAGGGGUUUUAAUAUGAAAGCUUGGUCUCAUUAUCAUUCCCUUCAAAGACUGUAUACUCUACCUCCCUGAAAUUACUCUUCCAAAGGAGGAAAAGAAUGAAGAAGGCCUUCCCUCUCCAGAAACAUAUUCAAAAGAGAACUAACCCAGUUUGAGGCUUGUUAGAUGCUAUCAUCAAUCCCAGAGAGGUACAAAGCAUUACUAUUCCAAACCCUAUUUCUUAAACUGGGCUUUUGUCCUUAAAUGGACUUUCCAUUAAUAUGUUAUAGAAAAAGGCUUUAAUCCUUUUGUUUUAGGGCUCUGAAAGGACCGUAUGAUCAAAAGAUGGACACUCAUGAGCUGAAACUUUUUUAAAGCUUUACUAUUGUAUAUGCAACUUGUGCUUUCAGGCCUGUGGUAAGUGGGGGUUUAAUUUAAGAGCCUUUGGAUUACAUUGUGGUCCAGUGAUUUUGAUUCAAAAAUGAAUCUUAUAUUAAAUAUACAAAGGAAGAGAUCAUCACUAUAGGCACUUAUUUUUUCCCCCCAACUGUUCCUGAACGGUGGAUGUUUGUACACAUCGUCACAC